AUGUCAUCCUCAUCGUCCAGGCUUACGCCGGCGUCGUCACUGACCCGCGACGAAGCAGUCGCCGUCGCCGAGCAUCCGCAGCACAACCCAACGACCCCGGCCCCACCGACCACACAUUCGCCUUCCUACACCCUAGCCGCGACCUUCGCAUCCGCAGGUCUGGGCAACGCCAUCUCCGCAGCAUGUACCAACCCAGCGGAUAUCGUCAAGGUGCGGCAGCAACUGCUGGUGGACAAGUCGCGGGCCAACUUUGUCGGUGUCGCGGGCGAGAUGAUCCGCAAGGAGGGCAUCAAGGCGCUCUGGAAUGGUGUCACUGCUUCGUGUUUGAGAGAGUUGACGUACAGUACGGUGCGAUUCGGACUGUACGAGACGUUUAAGGACUUCUAUGGCAAGGCAUUGGGCGUAGCGGAUACGAGCUUUGCGUUGAAGGCGCUGAGUGGUAUCUCGAGUGGUGCGAUUGGGAGUGCAUUCGCCUGUCCGACAGAUUUGAUCAAAGUCCGAAUGCAAGCAGUACGACCGACGGGCCAGCCCCCCUACCGCAACACAUUCGUCGCCUUCGGACACGUCUACCGCGAAGGCAACGGCUUCGUCGGCGGCAUGCGAAGUCUCUACCGCGGCGUAGGCCCAACCAUCAUCCGAGCGGCCGUACUCACCAGCUCCCAAAUUGCCUCUUACGACCAAGUCAAGACCGUAUUGAAAGCGAAUCAAGUGCUGCAGGAGGGUUUUGCGCUCCACUUCUCUGCCUCGAUGGUGGCCGGAUUAGUGUGCUCGGUGACGAGCGCUCCUUUCGAUACGGUCAAGGUGCGCUUGAUGCAGGACAAGUCGAGGCAGUUCAAGAAUGCGAUGGAUUGCUUAGGCAAGCUGGUUGCUAACGAGGGACCCCUGGCGCUCUAUAAAGGCUUCGGGAUGUGCUGGGCUCGUCUCGGGUCUCACACCGUGAUCUCAUUGAUACUAUUCGAACGGUUCCGAACCCUCUUUGGCGUCAAGCCAUUGUAA